GAAGGCCUAGAGAGGGAAACCCACUAUUAAACAGCCUUUCCAAGUAUCCAUACAUGAUACAUAUGCAUUGUCUUUAUGCCCUUUUGGUUCUUCUUUAAAUGCGUUUUUCACCAUCUCUAUGAAGACCAAAUGGAAGAAUAGUAGAAUAGAAUAGAUAAAAAACCUGGCUUUGCUGACCACGGGCAGUUUGUGUGAUAGUUUGAGAAGGGGAAGGCGUUUUAUUGGAUUGUGCGUGUGACUUUUUCUUGUGAGCCGGUGAGCCGAGUUAGUACCCAUUUGGCUUCUUCUCUUCAAGUCCCUAAACAAAACCGUAGGUUGAAAAAGCCUUGGAGAGUUGGCCUUGAAUUUGGAGUAAAAAACUAAAGUUAAAGAGAGAGAGAGAGAGAGAGAGAGAGAGUUUAUUUGUGUGCGUGUGGGAGUUCUUGCACUUGCACUUUAUUCUCUUCUUCAAAUUCGAUACUUUGCUCUGUCCAGAACGAGGUUUUUUGUCACAUUGGAAGCUCUCUCUCCUUCUUUCUCUUUUUAUAUCUCCUACAUUGUAUUGUUCUACUUUCAGAAUCUCAUAAUCUUAUUUCAACGCAUCAGCUCUCUCUGUGUGUUUCUUGUUUUGAUUGCCUCUCUUUCAGUUUCUCAUCUUUUCCUCAUUUUCCCUGUUUUUCUCUGAACUGACUCAAAAGGGGAUAGAAGGAAGAAACAUUGAAUCAGACAGCUGGGUUUCUUGGAUUUCACUUUGUUUAUAAAAUGCCUGGAACUGGGACUUUCUUUGUUGUCUCAUUUGUUUUCUCUUAAUUAUUUCAGGAAGCAGAGCAUUACCCAUUUCAUCUCUUCUUCUCACUCGCUUUAAUCAUUGAAUUCUCCCCCCGUUGGUUUUAGCAUAAAACCAGAGUGUUCGUAGAAAAACUUAUUCUUGGCUCUUUCUAAAAAACUGCGUUUGCGGGAUUCUUUCUAUCUCUGACCUUCACAUUCUAUACCGAGCAAAACCUAGAAGAUACCGAGUGAGAGUUUAAUAAAGAGGAACCGAAGUCUGCCAUUAUUGUCAUAAAAUUGGGAAAGCUUUAUGAAUUUGUGAAAAAUGAGAGAUGGGAACUCGAAGAAAAGCAAGCUUUCAUGGCCCAAGACACUGGUCAAGAAGUGGUUCAAUUUCAAGAACAAAACUGAGGAAUUUCAAGCAGACGAUGUCGUUUAUGGAGGUGAUGAUGAAGAUUGGAGGAGCAACUUCUCAAAGAGAGAGGCAUGCACCAUCAAGAAAAGCAAAACAGAGCGAUUGAAUAAAAGGAACUCUGAUCGAGUCCGUAGAAGUAAGAUUGACAUUGAUGCUGCACAAGUCACUGAUGUUCACAAUUAUAGAAUUUUUGUAGCAACAUGGAAUGUGGCUGGAAAAUCUCCUCCAAGUUACUUGAACCUUGAAGAUUGGCUUCAUACUUCUCCUCCUGCUGACAUUUAUGUUCUUGGGUUUCAAGAAAUUGUUCCUCUGAAUGCUGGCAAUGUAUUGGGUACAGAAGACAAUGGCCCAGCCAGAAAAUGGUUAGCUCUUAUUAGGAAGACUCUAAAUAGUCUUCCUGGUACAAGUGGCAGUUACCAUACGCCUUCCCCCAUCCCAGAUCCAAUUGUAGAAUUGGAUGCAGACUUUGAGGGAUCAACAAGGCAAAAGGCCUCAUCUUUCUUCCACCGGCGCUCCUUUCAAUCAUUGAGCCGCAGCAUGAGAAUGGAUAGUGACAUGACAAUGCCACAACCUAGACUUGAUCGACGUUUCAGCAUCUGCGACAGGGUUAUCUUUGGGCAUAGACCAAGUGAUUAUGACCCUAAUUUCAAAUGGGGUUCGUCGGAUGAUGAGAAUGGUCCUGGGGAUUCACCUGUAGCCACUCAUUAUUCACCAAAUGACUAUAGUGGAUCUUUCUCAUUGGAGGACAGAGACAGGCAAAUGGGGCAAUCAAGGUACUGUUUGGUUGCCAGUAAGCAAAUGGUUGGAAUAUUUCUAACAGUAUGGGUAAAGAGUGAUCUCAGAGAUGAUGUUCGCAACAUGAAAGUGUCUUGUGUGGGUAGAGGAUUGAUGGGUUAUCUUGGAAAUAAGGGUUCAAUUUCAAUUAGCAUGUCAUUGCACCAAACGAGCUUUUGCUUCAUCUGUAGUCAUCUAACAUCUGGGCAGAAGGAAGGAGAUGAGCUUCGAAGAAACUCUGAUGUGAUGGAGAUCCUUAGGAAAACAAGGUUUCCCAGAGUCCAUGGUUUGGGAGAUGAGAAUUCCCCUCAAACAAUUCUAGAACACGAUCGUAUUAUUUGGCUUGGGGAUUUAAACUAUCGAAUUGCAUUGUCUUAUCGUACUGCAAAGGCUCUUGUAGAGAUGUGCAACUGGAGAGCAUUGUUAGAGAAUGACCAGCUUCGGAUAGAGCAGAGGUGGGGGCGAGUCUUUGAGGGAUGGAAUGAAGGGAGCAUUUACUUUCCUCCCACAUACAAGUAUUCCAAUAAUUCAGACCGAUAUGCUGGGGAUGAGAGGUACCCAAAGGAGAAGCGAAGAACCCCUGCAUGGUGCGACCGCAUAUUGUGGUAUGGAAGAGGCCUCUAUCAGUUGUCUUACGUACGUGGGGAAUCAAGGUUCUCUGAUCAUAGACCAGUUUAUAGCAUAUUUCUAGCAGAGGUUGAGUCCAUAAAUCGCAGCCGAAUCAAGAAAAGCAUGAGUUGUUCUAGUUCCAGAAUUGAGGUAGAGGAGCUACUGCCACAGGCACUUGGAUACACUGAGCUCAAUUUCUUUUAAGAUAUGGCUUUUGAUUCAUGCAAACAAGUCAAUACAACUGAAAGAUGAACUUCACUACAGCCAAAGAUUCAUUAAAUACAAGUUCUUUAGUCCUGAAUGCAUUUGCUCAAGAAUUUCAACAUUUUUGUUGGUUUCCUCAGUAUGCCAAGUGGGCACUGUUGAUAAGAACUGCUGCCUUGGUGAUGGAGACAUUCAUUUGCCAACAAUCCGGUAAAGAUUUUGUAUAUCUUGUGACAACUGCUGGCUAGAAAAGAUUGCAACUCAGUGUUUCUCUCAAUACAAACAGAGCGCUAACGGAGCUAACGGAACAAAGUACGUGCUGACAUAGCGUUAAAGAUUUUGCAGGACAUAAGUUGCCAAGUUGAGAAGCUGCUGUUUACAAGUGUAAUUUGCUGAAUAAAUCAGAGAAACAUAUCCCACCAAAAGAGAUGGGAGAAUCAAUAUUUUUUUCCUUUGUACUUCUCUGGAAAAGAUAUAGUAAAAGAAGUGGGGAUGUGAUAGCUACUCAUCACAAAUUUAAAGAGUUGAAGUUCUUAUAGAUGUGAAGCUUCUUUUUUCUGUGGCUACUAAUGAUUUACUGAAAAAGAAAAGUUAAAUCACUUGAUCA